CUGUGGUUUGGGUUUAAAAGUGGAAAGCUAGCUGCACUUAUCCCUUUCUGCUGCAGAUUUACUUUAAGAUUCAUGUUCUCCAAGUCUAUUUUGCUUUAAAUUACUUGGAAGUUGUACCUCAAGACAAGAAAAGAAGUGGCCUUUAAAAAUCAGGUUAUAAUCAGAUUUGACCAAGCACUUUGUAAGAUGACCAGUAUGCUCUCAGACAUGGAACACACAGGACAUUACCUGCAUCUUGCUUUUCUGAUGGCAACAGUUUUCUCUUUGUCUUCUGCAACAGAAGUGAACUAUACUCAUUUGUGGGCUAACAAUAGCACUGUCUCGGAUCCAGAUAUUCAAAAUAAGACAGGCAGAAACCAAAACGAAAACAUUAACAAAAACCCUGCAACUCCUGAAAUACACAAAAACGCAAUUUCUACAAAUAUGCCUAAAAUAGCAACAUCAGCUCACAUCAUACCUUUAAUUCCUAAGUUAAAACUAGAGCCUUUUACAACGCCUGAUGUCAGGAACAGUUCAACAAUACAGAGCAACAAAAACACAAGCAAAAAUCACAGUGGAAUUUUAAAAAAUUCCUGCGAGGAAAACAACUACAGAAUGGCUAUGCUAGUUUGCUUAAUUGUAAUUGCAGUGCUUUUUCUUAUUUGUACCAUUCUAUUUCUAUCAACUGUGGUUCUGGCAAACAAAGUCUCAUCUCUCAAACGAGCAAACCAAGUAGGCAAGCGUCAGCCUAGAAGCAAUGGAGAUUUUCUGGCAUGCAGUGGUCUAUGGCCUGCUGAAUCAGACACUUGGAAAAGAGCACAACAGCUCACAGGGCCCAACCUAAUGAUGCAAUCUCCUGGAGUGCUCACAAUGACAAGGGAAAGAAAAGAUGGAGAAGGAACCAGAAAACUCACUAACUGAUACUCCAGAGAAGAAAAACGCCAAGUGGCAAUGGGAACAUUUACAGAAUAGAAAUGGAAGUCAGUUUGAUAUUUAAUAUUGAUGUAUCAGUCUGAUGGUUUCAAAUUUGACAAGGCAAAGGCCAUGGAAAUGCUCAGAAGGCUAGAGGACAUGGUCCUCCAAGCAUCCCCCAGAGGCCUCUGAGCACUCAUCUGGGGUGUAUUCCCUGAGCAACAGUAGGUGUUGGGGGGAGACACACAAAUGGACAUGGUAGGUAGUCCAGAUAAUUCAGUGUCAAGCAAGUGAGAAGGCGAGAAAUAUGCCUGCUUACUUAAUUACUUUAAUUGUGCACUUUUGUUUUGACACUGAAUACUUUGAAAAGAAAAAAAACAAAACAACCAAGCAUUUGGGGACGUUUUAAAGAUAAGCUGAAAAGCUGACAAGCUAACUGCAAUAGAAAGGGUCAAUAAACAAUUAUUUCCUGUUCUGCAACAGAAGUGAGAUGAUCUUUGUCUGAAUAUAACUUUGAAGAAUUUGUGAUGAAUUUUAAGGACAAAUAUAUGCUUUUGUAUCUAACAGGAAUUGAAUUCCUAAUGCAUAGAGCUGAACUACAUAGCUUAAUGGCAACAUUUUUGCUGAACUGAGCAGAAUCCACAUAGGCAUAUGUAUCAAUAAGCUAACUUUACACGUUGAAUUUUACCUAUGACAUACAUAAGUGUUUUUCUAUUAUAUUUAAAUACAUUUUUCAUUUUAUAUAAUAAAGAUUCAUAUUAAAAUACUUAU